GAGCUCAGAAGAAGAAGAAGCGCGUUGUGGUGGCUGCACCGCAACCGAGCGCCGGCGUCAUGCCAGCACCGUCCCCUCGCCCUUCGAUGCCGUCGUCGUCCCCGGGGGUGCCGCAGGAGGCCCACGCGAAGUCCGCCGACAGCGACCGCACGGCGGCUGUAGCGUCGUCCAGCGGCUUGGGGCCCACCGCGGCGCUCAGCGCCACCGCAGGCCCCGGCGCCACCGGCAAGAAGUCUCGGUUGUCCAAGCGGGCCAAAAAGCGGGCCAAGAAGCGCGACUCCAAGACGCACCGCCACACGCAGAGGCUGGCCUCGCUGGACGCCUUGAUCGCCGACGACGAAGCGUGCGCCUCACUGCCGGACAAAACGCGCCAAGUGCAAGGAACAACUGAAGCACAGGCCCAGCCCAGCCAGGAGGUACAAGAGCCUCCGGCUGAUACGGCAAUGGCAGUUGUCGCCAACAAGGUGGUGAUCAGCGGCGGCAGCGGCAACAGUGAGCCUGACAGCGGACACCAGAGCGGCAGCCAGGUCAAGCGGCCACUGGCGCCCAUGGAUGAGCAGAAAAAACCAAGGAGAGCCUCUUCACCUCCGCUCUUGGUUCGCGUGCUCAAUCAGGUUCGCAUAGCCGCGUCUCCGAAAAGAGCCGUCCACCCGGAGGAACCUCCCGAUCAGCCGCUAGCAGCACAAGAUGCCCCCUUGCCGACUGGUGACGAGCAGCAGAGACGAAAAUCCUCCGUGCACUUCGGCUCGACGACGCUCCGCGAGUUCUCGCGGUUAUCGACGCUCACCGAUGCGAACGUCGUGUCGCCGGUGGUGGCGUGCAGCCUGGCGGCCCUGGUGAGCCUGCUCUGCCUGCUGCUGCUGGCGGUGCUGUGGGCGGGGCCGCAGCCGCUGCUCGAGCGCUGCGCCAGCCUGGACUGCCGCCAGGCGCGCGCGUUCCUCGACAUGCUGAUGGACGCCAGCGUGGACCCCUGCAAGGACUUCUUCUGGCACGCUUGCCGCCGCUGGGUCACCGGCCACUUCGGCGGUGGCACGAACUUGAGCGGCCAGGCGCUGCGCGACACGCUCCUCUCGCUCAAGCGGGCCCUGCUCGACCGCGCCGCCGACGCCGUGGCAGUCGCCGCGAGACCGGUCCGGUUCUACAGGGCGUGCAGCAUGUUCCCGACCCUGCCGUACGCCAUGACACCAUCUAGUCUCGUGGAGCGCUUCCGGAACGACACUUCCGUGCUGACCAUGACGGACACCGCAGCAGUUCUGCACAGAGUGGUCCAGCUGUCCCUGAUGAGGCGCGUGUCGACUUUGUUCGGCGUCGCGCUGGUCGACUACCACGGCAACGCAAGCCUCUAUCUGUCGCGGACUAAAAGCCUGGCGCGCAAGCUCAACGACGUCAAGCAUGGCCCGUCAUUCGUGGAAUUCCUGACGGAACUUGUGGAAGUCACCCUUCCGCUCGCACCCCAGAUUCCCAGCAACGACACGAAGACCACCGUCGACGCGCUUCUGGCGUUCGAUGACGUGGUGGACUCCAACGAAAGCGCAGCUGAUGGUACGACGGCUCUGAGCGCACCCAAUAUCGACUCUUUGGGUGAACUCAUGGGCGGCAACGACUGGAUUGAGUCUGUCAACUUGCUUUCGUCCCCAAGCUUCCAGCUCACCAAGGCGUCGAUAGUGAUGUGCGAUGGGUUUGAGUCUAUAAAGUCCACGGUAGAGUACUUCCGACGGAACUUCGCAUUGGGACUCCUCUACAUCUUUAUUCACAUUCUGAUGGAGGCAGGCCAGUUUUACUACCUCAAGCGUUUCACUUUCGACAGACAGGACGAGCUGGAAAGGACGUGCCUCGGCGCCAGCCAGGAUGCUUUGCCUCCGCUCUGGUCGAACCUGUUCAACAACUUGUCGCACAGCAACAAGACAGAGCCGUCGCGCGUUGAUGCCAUAUUCAGCCGUGUCCGCGAACUGUCUGCCCAGCGGCCGCCCAUAGAUGGCAUGACCAUUGGCGACCGAGAGCGGGCGAUCGCCGCACUGCGCCACGUCCAACUCUUGGAGCACAACACGUCGUUAAACGUUCUUCCGAAUGUGUUAGACGGCCUGAAUAUCAGCGAAGCACCGGGCGACUUCCCCAGUCUAUACAUCGGCGUGAAGACUGCGGAGACAAUGCGGCGGCUGGCCGAUCCGCCUUCGUUUGUCGAUGUGCUCUCCGGCUCCUUCCUGCUUACGGCUCGCGUCGUCUACUCCAAGGUCCUCAACACGGUUGUGCUUCCGGCCGCCCUGCGGCGCCCACCGUUUAUCUACUCGACGCGCGUGCCCAUCGAGUUCGACGUUGCCUCGGUGGGCGUUCUGCUGGCGCAGGCUGUCUUCCGUGCCGGCCUGCCUUCCGCCUCGGCAGGCGAUGCCGCCGCGCGCUGGUUCAACGGCAACGUCGACGAGUUUAUCAGCUGCGCGGAAGAAUCCGCUCAGUCCGUGCUGCGAACCACGCUGCGCUCGCUGCAUCCCCAAGACGCUCUCGAGCUGUUCUCGCUGACGCGCGCCAUCAAGAUAGCGCACACCGUGAUGCGCAAGGACUACGAACCGCUGCGCUUCCGUCGUGGCUACCACGAAGCCUGGACGCUGGCACAGCGCACGUUCUUCCGGCGCUUCUGCCUUCUCGUCUGCAGCUCGGACGUGGGCAGCGAAGGCAUCGUGGUGUCGAGGCUGCGCUGCAUGCUGCCGCUGCUCAACAUGGUCGAGUUUACGGGCGCGUUCGAGUGCAACGAGUUUCCGAACUUUAGGAAACUCCGGUCGUGCCUGUCCGUCUAGUAGACCCCAGAUUUAACGAUAUAUCUGUCGUGCACUCUCGCUUUUGCUCAUGGAUUUCUCAAAGCUCGGUGUCGGUACAUUCCGCGUUUGUGCGACAGAGUUGCGGGCAUGCACCGGUGCGAUUGAUUCGACUAUUGAGCACGAUGUUCUUGUAAUUUCUCUUCUGUGACCCUGCGUCCGCGCAUGCUGAAUUCAGAUGCGCAGUUUUCAUGGGCGAGUUGUUCACAUUGACCGAUCGAGUGAGAUGCGUGCGACAAGCGUUUUGCAUUGCAGACUUGCCGGCCUAUCGCUGCUUCUUCCUUGUCCCAUAACGCUAAUAUACUACUAUGCCGCUUAUGCAUAUGUUCAUGAGCCACAUCCCGCUGGGGUGCUCAUAUGGUACUAGCACUAUAUGCUGUACCUGCUACUAGCCUUGAUAUUGUAUUGGUUGGCAGUUGGUCGAAUUCGGUGUGCUUAGUUUGGUUGUUGCUAAAUAUAUUGGUUUUAUGACGUCGUUAAUGGUUUCGGAUAUGGAUACAGGUGCGUGAACUAUUUUGCUGCGUUUUGUAAAGCUGGGACCUUGCUGUGACUACUUGCCUAUAAUAUUAAACAGGCCUCGCACCGGCAGCUACUGCGCAAAUAAAGCCUGACGUUUUUCACAUAAAAGUUAUCAUCCACAAACUUUAUUACCUUUAUUUAUGUUUAGGAACGAACACGGCGAUAUAGUAAACGUGGUCGAGGAGCACCUUCACCGCUUUCAUUCUGUCGGCAUGAAGUGGCGCGUCCGGGUAGCGCGGCAGCCGCACGUGCGCAGGCCCCGGGGAUGACUUGAUUGCGGCCCCGUUGUACGCGUCCGACUUUCUCCUUUUCAUCGAUUAUUUCAUUUUCAUUUUACGUGUUCCUUUGGGGUUAGUGGAGCUAACCCAACUUAACCAAUCCACUAUAUUUAGCAUAAAUAGCGAACUAAUUAGUAUAUUAUAUGCUAAUUAGUACUGUGUUAAUAAAUUAGAUGUACCUACUAAUUAGUAUAGUACAUGCUAAUUCGUAGGAACAUCUGCAUGCUGAAUGUGCUGAACAAAUAUGUCUACUCUGGUCUUAAUUUGCAAUGAACAUAAUUAUAAUCUAGUGAGCAUAGUAAGUUCAGAAAUACGUAUUUUCAGAUUCGCACAGAUUAACGUACCGAGUGACCACUUAUUCGUUCCAUUGCUGUGUCAUGAAUUUAAUUAGCAUAUGUAUAACGUCAUCACUUAAAAAAAACCAUAUCUGUACAAGAAAAUACAUAAGGCAGGUUCGGACUCGUGCAAAUUAAAGGGUCUUUUGAACACUUUUUGUAUCUAAUAGGAAAUCGCUGCCGAUCUGUACACGAAGCUCCUUUGAACAUGUGAGCCAAAUAUUGCACUGCAUGCAGCAGGAAAUUUACAAUUUCGGGUCAAAAACGGUGAAACAUCGCUAGCUUUCUCUUUCGCAGUGUCAGAACCUAUGUAGCAAGCAGCAAAGUUGCCAACCAACCGGUAUUGGCGAAUUUCGUGAUGGCGAGAACAUUCUCAGUAAUGCUAUAAUUGCUCAUUUUGAGCUGACCUUCUCGCAUAGAGAGAGUGUGGCACACUCCUGAAUCUGAAGUAGCGUCGUAAAAAAAAAAAUGGGACUGCCCAACUUUUGGGCGCAUCAAGGUAGGUGAUGGCUUCAUGUGCACGCUGUGUUCUCGCAUGCCUGGUUCACACUGAAGCGAGAGGCCACCACGAAGGAGAAUUUGUUCGCCGCUGCUGCCGUGCUUCAUCACGCCAGCGUUCUGACAGUGAAUAUCCACGGUCAUCAAGUGAGAUCUGUCCAUGUUUGCUGUGCACGCGUGGCACCUCGCUUGUUAUUUUAGUAAGCGAAUGUUUACAGCACAUCAUACAGCUUACAGAACUACUAACUUUACUGUGUAGAGCUGUCUAAUGAUUUGCUAUCGCAAUCAAUUUUUACGCAUUUGACCGUCUCUCUGGAGCAGCUUCAGAAACGGUAGAGAUGGCUACCUGAUAUGAUGGCUGUGUUGCUUGCCCUGUAUUAGGAAUUGUAUAUUUUCUGCGCUCAAGGAGGGAAGAAGAGGCUGGAAGUUAUCAGUAAAUUAUUAAGCGCACCAAGUAGUGCAUGCCCUUUACCAAGGGCUCGUGUACACCUAGAGCGUUGAAAGUCUGCCUUGAAUAAUGUACUUUUCUGUUCAAGGCAUUUCUCGUGUAGCUUUCUUUGCAUGUUUUGUUUAUUUGCCAAACGUCCGCCUUUUCAAGCCUUUUGUGUGGCCUCUCUUGUAACUCUAGAUAUAGAAAUAAAAAUGUUUCGUGUUAUUUGUAA